CUUAAUACUGUGUGUGGUUACCUGGAUGAUCUACGACUGUUUUUUUUGUUGUGUGAUGGUUGUUCAUGAGUCCCUUGUUUGUUCUGAGCAGUUAAACUGAGCUCUGUUCUUCAGAAAAAAUCUCCAGGUCCCAAAAAUUCUUCAGUUUUCCAGCAUCUUUUGCAUAUUUGAACCCUUUACAGCAGUGACUGAAUGAUUUUGAGAUCCAUCUUUUCACACUGAGGACAACUGAGGGACUCAAACACAACUAUUAAAAAAGGUUCAAACAUUCACUGAUGCUUCAGAAGGAAACACGAUGCAUUAAGAGUCGGGGGGUGAAAACUUUUGAACAGGAUGAAGAGGUCCAAAUUUUUCUUAUUUCGCUGGAAUAUAAUUUUUUUUUUUUUUUCUCCAUUUAGUACUGCCCUUCGAAAGCAACAGAAAAUACUUGCAUGUUUCCCGGAAGACAAAUUAAAUACAAUUUACCUUGAUCUUCAAAUUCCAAAUGUUUUCACCCUCCAUCUAUUAAUGCAUCAUGUUUUUUUCUGGAGCAUCAGUGAAUGUUUGAACCUUUUUUAAAAGUUGUGUUUGAGUCCCUCAGUUGUCCUCAGUGUGAAAAGACGGAUCUCAAAAUCAUUCAGUCACUGCUGUAAAGGGUUGAAAUAUGCAAAACAUGCUGGAAAACUGAAGAAUCUGCAGGACCUGGAGGAUUUUUCUGAAGAACAGAGCUCAGUUUAACUGCUCAGAACAAACAAGGGACUCAUGAACAACCAUCACAAAACAAAAAAAAAACAGUCGUAGAUCAUCCAGGUAACCACACACAGUAUUAAGAAUCAAUGGUUCACAAACUUUUGAACUGGGUCAUUUUAAUAAAUACAGCUAUUUUUUUUUUUUUUUUUUUUUUUGUCUUGUGGAUUAUAUGUUAACAUCUUUUGUGUAAAAUAUCUUACUCAGGACAGUACUAAAUAAAAAAUAACAUGCGUUUUUUUGCAACUGUAUGUACCGCUGCAAGAAAUCAAGCAAUGAAACCGCGCAAUUCCCAUAACGCGUUUAUUAUGAUGAGAUCAUCCCCGUGUUUAACCAGAAGCCCCUUCGUCUCAGAGUAAUAUUGCAGAAGACAUGCAAAGAUAAGUACAAACAUUUAUAGUGUAUAGUUAUAGAUUCAGAAAUCAUUACUAUUGGUCACCCUUUACGUCUCUGUGUUUUAAAAUAUUUAACCAAUAAAAAAAGUAUUAAAAAGAUCUCGUGACUAAACCUCGUAACUCCAUUGGCUCUUCAAACUGUCAGUCAAACAUCAACUCCACACGCCUCUAUCGUGAAUGAAGUGUUUGAAGAGAGAUCUCUGCUUGUUUACAGUAUUAUGGUAAAUGAACUGUUUGUUUGAGUAAGUACAGCGUUUUCUUUACUCAAGAAUCUCUCUAUAUAAAAACUAAUGUUUAUGUGUUUGAGGAGCGGAGAAGAGUCUUAAAUAGCCUGUGCGUAGCAGCUUAGUCUUUAAUAACGUGAGAUUUUGGCCAAAUGUCAGAAGAAACUGAGUGUCCGCAUAUCUACAGUAAUCUUCAUAAGCUGUAAGUUGAUGAACACGUGAUGCACUGCCUCAGAUGCGGCUGUUAAUGACGAAUCUCUGACAUUCUCCGAAAAUGGUCAAAAACCUCAUAACUCCAUUUGAGCUUGAUUUUGCUAAAAUUUUAAUAAUAUAUUGACACGUACAAGUGCCUGACCAUAUAUAAAUUCAUUAAUUCAUUCAGGCUAUUUGCUGUUUUCUAACUGUGAACUUAAAACUGCUGUUUUUUUUAAUGUUAUUUAUUUGUAUUAUUGUUGUUGUUUUUUUAUAUAAUUUGGCAUGCAGUUUUUAUAUUCGAUACGUUUAGGCCUAUAUGAUUUCCCCACCCUGUUUUAUGAAGGCCGUUUGAACGUUUCUGGCCUCGCCCUGCUUCAAUUAAAAAUAUAGACGUUUAAUUCAGAUGUAUUUCUUUUAUUGGGAUUCUGUUAUUUGAUUUAACUGAAAUUUAGGAAUUAAUAAUGUAAUGAACAUAGCUGGGCAAUAAAUUAUCUGUCGUUUAAAUGAAGUCAAUCACGUAAUUUUGAAGUUUUAUUUUAUUGACAUAAAGUUCAUUUUAUUUCGAUUUAUGAUUUUGUUUUAUUACCAUACAUUAUUCCAACGCUUCUACAGUUUAGAAAGAAUAAGUCUCAUAUGUAUUAAAGAAAACGUCAAAAUGAAGUUUGUAACUAUUCAAUAAAUGUGUUUAGAUUCGAUGUGCGCUCACGCGCUCUGCUCACACACGUGACUUCAGGUGUGCGCGCAUGAGUGAUUCAAAUUUUAGUUGCUAUAGCGACGCGUGUUAUGAAUUCUGUCUGCAUAUAUACACACUCGAACCAGAUCGCUAUCUGUUGGUUGAGAGACGAAGCGAAUUCAGAGACUUUUGCAGAGCAUUUCUUGAGAUUUUGAAGCUGAGAGGAGACUUUUAUUCUAGAAGGAGAGCGGAGGAUAUUUCUUUCACAUAGUUUUAUUUAUUUUGAAAGACUUCAUAUUAUUUCUGAGGACAGUUUUAUUGUUCUUUUUUAUUUUAGAAGGAGUUUGUAGUUUCGGUUCUUUCUUUCUUUUUUUUUUUAGCUUUUUCUUUCUUUCUUCUUCUUAUUCUUUUUUUUUUUUUGGAGGAUUAUUUCUGAGGAGAGUUGUAUUUCAUUCUUUUUUUAUAUAUAUUGUAUUUUGUAAGUUAUUGUUUUUAUUGCAGUUUGGAAGAGGAUGUCGAUGGCUCACGGGGGUGAAAGAGGAGCCUCAGGCAGCUCCAGAUCCAGGAGAGCUGCUUCCUGUCAGACGGCUGGUCAGGAGCUUUGGAGACCCGGUUCUGGUGACCACGAUCAGGAUCCGCUGCCAGACCCGACCCAGACACUGAGCCAGGAGAUAUCUGGAUAUUUAACACCUCUGCCGUCAGACUUUUCUGUUUUUGUGUCCACAGGUCAGGAUCACUGGAGGAGGAAGUGGCAGAGCGGCAGCCAGCAGAGCCCAGAUGAUGGACGUCCGUCCACUCCAUUUAAAAGACUUGUUAAACGCUCUCACAGAGCCUCCGGCCACUCCAGAUCCACUCAGACAGAUUCUUCACCGGGCAUCAUGUCCACAUCAUCUCUGUCCCUCUCUGAGGACAAUGUAGAGAGGCGGUCAUGCAGAGAGUUGAUGAGCCUCAGCAGCAGAGGCUCGUACAGCGUCAUAUGGAGGUGGAGUGGUGAUGGAUCAGAUCGCCCAAACCAACAGGGCAACCGGUGUUUGUCCAGGUCCGACAGCCUCGAAGAGUGGAUGUGCCCUCCGCUGCCGGGUCAAGUUCCUGUCGGGCCGUCAGAGACUUCAAAUGGCCGAACUGCUCAGGGUGCCGUGGAGGAGGCUUCUCCUGUGAACAAGAGCUCAACAGAAGAACCUACAGAAUGUCGGAAGAGGAAAGGAUUUGGUUCUGUCUUCCAGAGGCUGUGGAAGGCUUUGAAGAGUCCUUUCGGCUGCUGUUUCCACAGUAGUGCUGUGGAUGUUGUGGAGCCUUUUGUCCCUCCAGCAGAUCUGGAGCCAGAGCCUGAUCCUGAGCCGUCACCUGCUCCAGAUCACUCCGCCGUCAAGACAAAUAACGAGUCCUUUGAGUCUCUCUAUAACGUGGGAGAGAUGAUUGGAUCUGGAGGAUUUGGCAGGGUGUACGAGGGAACACGCAGAUUUGACUCCAAAAAGGUUGCCAUCAAGCGGAUGCGCAAGACUGACAACAAUCGUUACCUUGAUAUUCCUGGGCAUCCCGGACCUCUCGUUACAGAAGUGGCGCUGCUGCUGAUGAUGAGGCGAGAACCCAUAAGCCCCUACAUCAUACAACUAUACGAGUGGUUUGAACAUCCUCGAAAAUUCACUCUGGUCAUGGAGUUCCCUGAACCCUGCGAGAGCUUGCUGGACUUCAUCGUUCGUCAUCCUCAACUGGACGAAACAACAGCGCGGGUCAUCAUGCGACAGGCUGUGCUGGCAGUACAACACUGCGUUGAGCAUGGUGUUUUUCAUAAUGACAUUCAUGCGCAGAACUUCCUGUUGAAGAAAAACACGUUAGAGCUCAAGCUGAUAGACUUUGGCUGCGGUCAGCUGUUGAGCAGCGAUGGCUACGAGAGGAACAUAUACCGUGGAAUACUGGAUUACUGCCCACCUGAAGUCUUGACAGACCCUCGAUUUCACGCCGUCCCAGCGAAUGUCUGGUCUCUAGGAGUGCUGCUGUAUGAGAUGGUGAACGCAUGUUCUCCUUUUCAGGACAGAGCGGAAAUCACACAAGCCAAAGUUACAUUUCAGAACUCCAGCUUAUCCAAAGAAUGCAGAGAUCUGAUUAGCCAGUGCCUAACCCGGGAUCCAACUAAACGGCCGACGUUAGAGCAGAUGUUACAACAUAAAUGGAUCAGAAAUGAUGUAGAUUGGAGAAGUUCAGGAGAUUCACUCCAUCAGUGAUUACAGGAAAUAACAGAUUUGCUGUCGUCGGUGGAGGGCUUGAACUUGAGAUUUGACUGAAGCCUGAAGUCCAACCCCAGCCUGACAGGAACUCAGAGCCGCCGCACCAGAGACUCAGAGCCUGUCCACGUCUGAGAAGAACACGAGAGACGACAAGACUGGAGAGAAUCGUCAAGUCAUCACAGACACAUUUAUUUUGUUUUAAAACGUCAAGACGAGUCAUCUUUAUUUAUGACCAAUCUGUCUGUGACUGUAUAUGUAUAUAUGUAUAUAAAAACUCUAUAUGACCCCUUUGAAUAAAUGUUUUUAGUUGCGUAAGUGCUA